CAGAGUCCCCACGAGGACUGAGCCCUGGAGCGCCUGGGUUGCGAGACGGUGCCCCCGCCCCGCCCCACCCCUGCGAGAGCUCGACGAGAGCCCAUCUCUGCUUCCCGCGGACGGUUCCGCUCGCCCAGCCGGGAUCUUCCGCAGGAUCAGAACCACCUUUUAAGGAGGAGGAUUUUCGCCCCGGAUCUGCUCCUGCGGGGCCUGCGGAGAAGGCUCUUCUGAAUCCAAGCAUCUGUUCCAGACCCUAAUUCCCACUGUAACCUUCUUGCUAGUCACUAUGGACCUAAACAAUCCAGCGACACUGGAGUCCAUCUCAAACAGCAUAAUACGGCCUUCUGUGCCACGGCCACUGAAGAAUUUGUAUAGGGGUGAACCAAUGGCCCUGGGGAUCACACAGAUCAGCAUUGGCAUCCUGGAAAUAGCUUUUGGGGUGGUGAUAGUCAUGGCAGAAGAGACUAAUAAUAACCAUCAUGGUGAAGUACAUAUCCUAACUCCAUAUUGGACUGGAAUCCUGUACAUCAUUUCCGGAUCUCUGUCUGUGGUCGUUGCCAAGAAACCUAAGAUACCACUGGUGAAAGGCAUGCUGGGAAUGAAUGUUGUGAGUGCCGUGGCAGCUGGCGUUACGAUUGUGAUCCUCUCCAUUUCAGUGGCGGAAAUAAGAUACUACGCUAGGUGCAGUGGAUAUUAUAACAGGGAAAUGCCGCCUGAAAUUUGCCACGAAGUUGUCACCAUCCCUUACAAUCAAAUGCGCUACAUGGCUGCAGUUCUCCUGACGUUGACAGUCCUGGAGUUCCUCAUCACCAUCAUCACUGCUGCCUUUGGAUGUGCCAGUUUGUGUCGGAAUACCUACAGUGAAACGACUGUAGUGAUUUUUCAGAACACAGCCCAGGGGACCCCGCCUGCUGUCCUGACGCCAGUCAAGGAGGACGAGGUGCUGUGAACGUCCAUGGCCUCCUUCAUCCAAAAUCACAACCACUUUGUACUCCUCUUUGAAAAAGGGCAGAUCACACAGCAUUACUUUCCUGGCAGAGGAUUCGUUGAUCAACUUUUAAAAAAAGUUAUUGCCAUAUGUUGUAAAUAAACCAGAAAAAAUGCCUAAAGUUGUUUUUUUUAGUAAAAAAAAUAGCCUUUUCUUUGCUGUUUAUUUUGGUUUUCAGUUUCCAUUCCCUUUCUUUUUUUUCUUCCUCUGCUCCUCUGACCUCCAGAUACUGAGUAGUACCAACCAUCUAGGAAUAAAAGGAAGCAUUCAAGCCGGAGAGGACAGACUAUAUACCAUAUUAGAGAAGAUGUCUUCUUGUCACAGGCUACUUGAACUCUCUUGGCAAGGAAUUUAGCUAAGAAAAGAAUAUUUGCUGGCCUAGAACCUAUUA